AUGGGAAUUCUUCUCUCCUCAUCUGGUCUGAAGCAGCUGCGCCUUUCGGAAGACAGAGCGACCGUGACCGUUGGGCCUGCCAACAGCUGGGGAGAUGUGUACCGAUACCUUGAUCCAGCCGGUCUUACUGCCGUUGGAGGUCGUCUGGGUGUUGUUGGAGUCCCCGGGUUCCUUCUCGGUGGCGGCAUUUCCUUCUUUUCUAACGAAUACGGAUGGGCAUCUGCCAAUGUCCAGAGCUACGAGGCAAUUCUGUCGGAUGGAGAAAUCGUCACUGCUACUGCAAACAACAAGUACUCCGACCUAUUCUGGGCACUGCGGGGUGGAGGCAACAGCUUUGCCAUUGUGACCAGCUUCGAUCUGAAGACGGUGGAUGCUCCUGUGGUUACAGUUGGAGUCGCAGUUUACGGUAUCGGACAGAGCGAAAACUUCCUCGACAGCGUCUACCACUACGCUCUGGACGGAUCUCAAGACAAGAAGUCUGCCGUGAUUCCAAACUGCCAAUGGUCAAGCGCCUCCCCAACGACACCUUCCUACACGUCGUAUUUGUUUUACAAUGGCAACAACACACGUCCGGAAGCCUUGAGCAACUUCACAACGUCGGCUGCCAUGCCCGCAGAUCUGACGGACGUUAUUCCUCGUACUAUGGGACAGUGGGCAACCGCCACUGAGAUAGGCUGGGACCAGGCUCACGGCCUGCAUUUCAGAUUCCGAGUCCUGGCGUUUAGAGCUAAUAGGGAAGCCAUGUCUAUCGUUCAUGAUACCUUCAUGGCUUUGGCUAACCAGCAUCUCGCCGCGCUCCCUGGAAUGGGGUUCACAAUCACAUUCAUGCCAAUUUCCAAGUCUUCCAUCACCGCAAACCGCGGCCAUGGACGUUUGGGCGAUCCGAUGGGCAUUGACGAAUCCCAGGGCCCAUUCAUCUGGGUAGAAGCGAGCUCAAUGUUCCCAAAUGGCGAGCAUGAAGAAGCAGUCACUUACUUCUACGACAUCGUCAACGCGAAGAUUGAGUCGAAGCUUGCGCCGCUCAACGUCUUGACCCCGUACCUGUAUCUCAACGAUGCGGACAAGAGACAGCCAGUUUUUGAGGGGUAUGGGCGCGAGAACUUGGCCCGUCUGAAGAAGAUUAGGGACAAGUAUGAUCCUGACAGGGUGUACACUGAUCAGAUGCCUGGAGGAUUCAAAGUUGCAGCGGCGAAAUAA